AUGGUUGUAUUUACACUAGCAGCAUUUGCAUUGGUGGCUGUCGUUUGCUGUAAUGCAGCCAAAUUCAGUUUGAAAAUUGCUGCGCUUGAAGCACACAACACAUUCAGAGAACGGCACAAUGUCAAUCCUGUCAGAUGGGACACUACGCUUGCAAGACAUGCUCAAUACUGGGCUCAUCAGUGCUACUGGGGCUAUAGUGAUGAUCGUCGACCUUACCACGAUCAUUGUGGAGAGAACAUUGGCUAUGGUCAGCCCUCCAUUUCUGCUGCCAUCAAGGAAUGGUACAAUCUUGAAAUUGAGAAUUAUGGUUUUCAAGAUGGAGCAUCUUGGAAUGGUGAAGAAGUCAGGCAUUUCACCCAAGUCGUCUGGGAGGAAACAACGAGAAUUGGCUGUGCUGAAGCUUACUGCGAUGAUAUGAAUGGCUAUUAUUAUGUUUGUAACUACUAUCCUCCAGGAAACAAACGUAAUGCGUAUAUACAGAGUGUAUUCCCGGUAGCCUAUGACGAGAAAUAA